AUGAAGCAUGUGAGGAAGGGUAGACAAAGCCGAAUGGAUGGCUUCAUUUUCACCCCAUUGCAACGUCAAUAUAUCUUCGGUGCAAUGUCCGGAGGUAUGUAUAUAUACGUAACAAGGGCGAUUCUCUUUCUUACAGGCAUGCCUUGUGGUUUUCAAACUAUCGAGUACCUAAUACGGAGGUACAUGGGCAUAAUAUGGCAUGGUACUGUCGGGGAAUGA